AUGAGCGAGCCGCCGCCGCCCGGGAUGGACGACCCGCCGCCGCCCGGGAUGGAGCCCGACGACGCCGCCGCGACGGCGACGGCGACCGCGACGAAUGCGAUGGAUCCCUACGCCGCGUACUACGCCGCCCAAGCGGCGGCCGCGGUCCCGGCGCAGCAGCAGCAGGCGGCCGCGACGGCGACGGACCCGGAGGCGUACGCGGCGUACUACGCGCAGUGGGAGCAGUACGCGGCGUCGCAGGCGGCGGAGGCGGCGAAGGCGGCGUACGCGUACGAGAGCGCCAAGUACGCGGAGGCGCAGGCGCGCGCGGUGCCGAGCGCGGAGACGCUCGCGCAGGUGGCGAGCGCAAUCUUUUCGGGCAUCCCGGAGGACGCGCCCAAGCCGAAAGCCGAGCCGCCGCCGCCGCGCGCCGGAGCCGCGUCGACCGACCAGGGGCCGGCGGCGCCGUCGCCGGGCGAUGGCGCGCCGCCGCCGCCGCCGCCGCCGCCGACGGAGGAAGCGAUGGACGCGACGGCGCCGCCGCCGCCGACGUCGAACCUCCUCGUCCCCCGCCAAGUCUCCGUGCCGCCGCCGCCGCCGCCGCCGCCGUCGACGACGACGACGAACCCGACGCGUCCGCAUCAUCACCCCGCGGGCGCCGCGCCCGCGCCCGCGCCCUCCAUCAUCGCGAAGCACCCGAACCACAAGAGCGCGGCCGCGGCCGCCGCCGGGCGGGAGGCGGCGGUCGCGCCGAAGACCGCGAAGGGGCCCGGGUGGCGGACGACGGCGGCGGCGGCCAUCGCGGAGACGGGCGGCGCGACCGCGGCGGCGCUGAACGAGUCUCGGCGCGGCGGCGGAGGAGGAGGAGGAGGAGGAGGAGGGAACGACGAUCGAGAUCGAGAUCGACGGCGGAGUCGCGAGCGAGGGCGGCGCGGCGGGAGUCCGAGCGGGAGCGGGAGUCGGAGUCGGAGUCGGAGUCGGAGCCGGAGAGGACGCCGCGACCGGAGCGGCGGGCGAAGGGACCGCGACAGGGACCGCGACAGAGAGCGCGACAGAGAUCGCGACAGAGAUCGCGAUCGCGACGACGAUCGCGAUCGACGGCGACGACGCGAUCGCAGCCGCGGGGACGACGGCGGGGGACGAAGAGACCGUCGACGCUCGGACGGCGCCGCCGACGCGGCGGCGGCGGCGCCGCCGCCGCCGCCGCCGGAGCCCGCGCGCGAGCCCGCCGCGGCGACGGAGGAGAAGGACAAGGAAUACUGGGAGCGGUACUACGCGGAGAAGUUCGGCAUCCCCGUCGGCGGCGCCGCGCCCAAAGAGAAAGAGAGAGAGAAAGAGAGAGAGAGAGAGCCGGCGACGAAAAAGGAACCGAGCGCGCCGCCGAAAAGACGUCGGUCGUCGUCGCCCGCGCGCGUGGAGGAGCCCGCCGCCGCCGCCGCGAAGGAAGAGGACGUGGACUGGACCAAGUACUACGAGGAGAAAUUCGCGAAGAAGGAGAAGAAGGAGAAGAAGGACUCUAAGAGAAGCAAGCGCGCGCGCUCGCGCUCGGGAAGGUCCAAGUCGCGAUCCGGAGGAGAGACGCUGGUCUCGGAUCAGCCCGAGGAGGCGAGUCCGAGUCCGGGUCGCGCGCGGAAGAGUCGAAGGCGCGACCGCUCGCGCUCCGGUGGCGGUCGCGGCGGCCGAUCGCGAUCGCGAUCGCGGUCGGCGGACCGGUCUGCUCGGGGAGAGCGGGGGCCCGCGUCUCUGCUCCGGAUGGGGGCGUGGAGGUUUCGGAGCGCGAGCGCGCGCGCGUGCUUAUAA